AUGUGACUCCCGCGCCCCGCUAACGACCUUCCCAAUCCCGACCUCUCUGUCGUCAUGUGAUCGUCGCUAUUGCAGCUUUGAGAAUGGUCCCCUCUAUCCUUGCCGGAUUGGAAAACGACUUUGGGAGCCACUGCUGACUGCUCAAAAGACAAUGCCUUUUUUCUGAUCCGGACGUUUCUUGUAAACCAACCCCACAUCGCUUUGUGUGCUUGUUUUACAUCUCCCUUCUUUUUGAAUAUGGAAUAGAGAUGCGUGGUGGGCUAUGUUUGUUUCAUCUUUGUUUUUUGUGCUCGCUUGGGGUUUAAAAAAAAAAUGCUGGUCUCAGAACAUAGAACACCUGAUCAGCUGAAAAUAUAGAUUCUAAGAGGGAAAAUCGAGACGUGAGCUAAUUUCCGGACCAAAUCAAUAUGGAAAUUACCAGAAUAUUGUGUUCUAGAUCUAUAUUUUCAUCCAACAAAUACCAUUAUCCAGAGUUAUUAGUAUCAUCAUUAUUUUCUUCGGGAAGAAGCAGAAUAGCGAGGUUGAUCAGGAGAUAGGCCAAAUGUCAAGGCAAAAUGGUCAAAAGGGUGAAGCACUUCCUACUCUAUUAUUGGUUCGCUGGGAGGCUGUGAUCAUUACGAUCCUCUAUUGGCCCCUUUAACGAAUUUAAUAAUUCUGAAACAUUGUCUUCGUCAAUGUUCAUAAACAUCAAGCCAAUUAUUAGGUAGUUGGGGCCCGGGGGUCAUAAACAUUUAUACUUUGUAAAGUCCACGUUUUUAUAUGCUUUUAGUCAAGUUUCUCUUAGAAGUCUAAAACCCAUUUCAGAUUGAAGAAGUCUCGAUUACUACAAACAAAACCAGGAAGGAAUUUCUGCAUUUUCUAACUAAGCUUGGUCAAGGCAAACCUCCCAGAAAGACUAGUGAUAGUCUGAGGAGGGUGGUAAUAUUGUGAUUUUGGAAGCAGGUGGGUCUCCCCAAGGCAACUGGCAAAAGCUCUCUCUGUUUGUUGAAACCAUUCGGGGUCUAAGUCAGUGAAUUCAGAUAUUGUGCUUUUGUUACGCUUUCCACAAGAUCAAGUAAAUGUUUGAAGUUAUUGGAAGUGAGGGGUUUCAAUGGAGUAAUGGUUGUUGACAAUGCGCUUGUUUUGGAGGCAGCAGCUGCCACUGCUUAUUCUAAUUCAACUCUUGGAACCCGGCAGGACAAGCCAGCAAAUAUAUGCUAAAGCUUUACUCACUUUCAAGAGUGAGGGUGGAAGUCCUCAACUAUCGCCUGGAAGAAUUUGGACAUACCCAUGCCUUAGACAACAACCACAAGUUCACUGUUAUAAACUUAGAGAACCAGGAGUUGUUUCUCUGCUCUACAAAUCAAGGCUCAAGAGGGUUGAGGCUUCAGUUAAUGGAGAUAGUGGAGUUCCAACAAUCACACCUUUGCAAAAAGUUGAUGUUAAGAAACCAAGUAAUAAGAAAGUUGCUGCCAUAGCAGGAGGUGUUGGUGCAACCCUGGUUGUGGUUGUCAUUGUGGUGAUUGUGUACACCUGCUUGAUGCGUGCUAAAAGAUUCACGAGACGAACAUCUGAGACAGGAUCCUCCCUAGCAUCUCCUCCAGUUGAAUAUGAAUCGGGAAAUGCAUCCCCGUAUGGUGGGCUUCCUUAUCCUUAUGAUAUGCAGAAUUUGAGGCAGCUAACGUUUCUGGAACUAGAGCAAGCCACAUGCAAUUUCAGUCAAAGCAACAUCAUAGGUGAAGGUAGAUUUGGUUUAGUUUAUAAGGGACUACUUCAAGAUGGAUCAAUUGUGGCUGUCAAGAGAUGCCUACAUAUCCACACUCAUCAUUUUGUUCAUGAGGCAAACCGGAUAGCUUUUGUGCACCACAUCCAUCUUGUCAAGCUUAUUGGUUAUUAUGAAGAUAAUCAUCAACAAUUACUUGUCUAUGACUAUAUCUCGAAUGGAAAUGUUGGAAAUCACCUCUAUGACAGCGAAGGCUUACCUAUUGGAAAGCUAGACAUGUGGCGAAGGCUAUCUAUUGCUUUGGGUGCAGCGAAAGGGCUUGAACACCUUCACAGUUCGGUGCCUCCUUUCUUGCACAUGCACUUUAGAACUAGCAAUGUUCUUGUAGAUGAAAAUUUUAUGGCCAAGGUUUCCGAUUAUGGACUUUAUAAACUGCUAAUCGAUGGUGAUCUGGCUGAAUCAUCUUCAAUGAUAGACUGCUUUCUGGACCCAGAGUUAAGUUCAUUGAAGAAUUUUUCAGAGAGAAGCGAUGUGUACAGUUUUGGCGUCUUCUUAUUGGAACUAAUUAGUGGGCAUGAAGCACAUAGCAGAAGCCAGUCGGAAAAACAGGAAAAUAUAGUAUUGCAGGUAAGAAGCAACAAUUUCGACAAGUUUGUCGAUAAAGCACUAGGAGACCAGACAAUGGAUGUUGCCAAACAGAUGCUAGAAUUGGCCUUACAGUGUCUUGAUACUUUAAUUAGAAGACCAUCAAUGAAGAGAGUCGCCGAAGAGCUGGAAAAGAUUCAAGCGAGCAAAUAUGGUCACUUGCAUUCUGGGUCGUUUGAGAUAGGUGCUGUGAAGCUUGGUAGUGAGCUUUUCAAAUGAUUUCUUUCUGCCUGAUGGCCUUGUAAUUAUUCUUUAAUUGUGUUGAUUUAUUGCAAUCAUGAGAGUCACAAAAGGAAAUCCCAUUGUCAAAACAUUCUUGAAGGUAAAUAAAUCAAUCUGUUUGGUGGAAGAGAUCAUCAAAUGGGGCUGUGUAUGUCAUAAAGUACAGUUUCCUUUGUAAAUAUUAUUGUUGGUACGUUUGCUUCA